AUGAGGCGACCAUAUGUUGAGAAUAAACAGCUCGACCGGCCACAGGCUUUAGCUGGGCCGGUUGCAACAAUGGUGGUGCAAUUGCCACGACGAAAAGUUGUGGCGGUUUAA